GGAACGAGAUGUAUGUAAAUUACCCGAGCCACGAUUCCGCCUACUACAUUCCUUUCAACUGAGCAAAAGAAAAACAUACCGGAUUCAGCGGAAUCAGAAAGCAACAGAAAACCCUAUGACUGACAAGCAGGAAACGUAAUAGGAAAUGGGAACAGAGUUUGGCCCUGCCUACCCCGAAACGUCCGUGGCUCGGUUUUGAACAAAGUUAGUGGAAGUAAACGGAGUGACAGGAAAGGCAAGGGCAGUGGACAGUAAUUUGGAUAAAGUAGCUCUGUAAUUAAAUGAGCGAUUUCUGUAAUACUUUACCUAGUUAGUGUGUACCGUGUCUUGAAAAAUGGCAUUGACCCCCGAUGAAGGCGAUAGAGAUAAGGUCCGAUCGGUGUCUGUGGACCUGAACAAUGAUGCCUCUCUGCUCAUCGACAUCCCCGAUGCUUUAUGUGAGCGGGACAAGGUGAAAUUCACAGUCCACACCAAGACGACACUCAGGAACUUCCAGAAGCCCGAGUUCUCAGUGCCACGGCAGCAUGAGGACUUCAUCUGGCUCCACGACACCCUGGUGGAGACGGAGGAGUACGCCGGGCUUAUUAUCCCACCAGCCCCUCCCAAGCCUGACUUUGAGAGCCCCCGGGAAAAGAUGCACAAGCUGGGGGAGGGAGAGGCAUCCAUGACCAAGGAGGAAUAUGCCAAGAUGAAGCAGGAGCUGGAAGCUGAGUACCUGGCAGUAUUCAAGAAGACCGUGCAGGUCCAUGAGGUCUUUCUCCAGCGCCUCUCCUCCCACCCAGUCUUAAGCAGGGACCGCAACUUCCAGAUCUUUCUGGAGUAUGACCAAGACCUAAGUGUGAGAAGGAAGAACGCCAAAGAGGUGUUCGGAGGGUUCUUCAAGAACAUGGUGAAGUCUGCGGACGAGGUUCUGAUCUCGGGAAUCAAGGAAGUUGAUGACUUCUUCGACCAGGAGAAGACCUUCCUGCUGGACUACUUCAGCAAGAUCAAGGACUCCACUGCCAAAGCGGAGAAGAUGACUCGCUCCCAUAAGAGUGUGGCUGAAGAUUACAUCCACAUCUCCGCCACCCUGAACAGCCUCUCUGCAGAAGACACCACAGCACUGAAACAGCACUUGGAGAAGCUGUCGGACCUGUUUGAGAAGCUGCGGAAAGUGGAAGCCCGGGUGGCGUCAGAUCAGGAGCUGAAGCUGACGGAGCUGCUCAGGUACUACAUGAGGGACAUCCAGGCUGCCAAGGACCUCUUAUAUAGACGGGCCCGGGCGCUGGCCGACUACGAGAACUCCAACAAGGCCUUAGACAAGGCUCGGCUCAAGAGCAAAGAUGUGGUCCAGGCGCAGGAGCACCAGGAGCAGUGUCUGCAGAAGUUCAACAAGCUCUCCGAGUCUGGCAAGAAGGAGCUGACCAGCUUCAAAGGAAGGAGGGUGGUAGCUUUCAGGAAGAACCUGAUCGAAAUGGCAGAGCUGGAGAUCAAGCACGCUAAGAAUAACAUGUCGCUGCUGCAGAGCUGCAUCGAGCUGCUGAAGAGUAACUGAGAGCCAAUCUUUGGACAGCCAGACUGAAGGGAAUCCCCUCAGUUCACCUCCAACUGCACCACCCACACCUUCCCUGGAGCCACCAGCGUAGCUGUCCUUCAGCACACUUAAAGUUUACAAAUAUUCCACCCCCCCUUGCUGCUCCCAUCUCCUGCUAACCUACGUCUGUUUGACCUUCCUCAUGCUCGGUGUCCAUUUUUGUGUUUCCUGAACGCUUUGGGCGUUGUGUUGAGUCCUUCGCCACUGGAGUCCCCACUAAAGCAUGCCAUUUUGAAUUUAAGUACACAUAGCUUCAGCUGUGUACCCCAAGUUUGUUUAUUGAGUGUACUGACUAGCUUUAGCCAUUGGUUGACAUGCACUGUCUUUUGGGUGCUGACAAUGAACCAGAAUCCCCAGUUCUGUCCUCUGGUCUUUGCAGUGAAUUUAGUUGCCCUUAGUUUGUUGAUUGCCUACGGUCUUCUCUCUCUAUCUCUCUCUUUCCCCUUCUCUCUCUCAUUUCGUCACACAGUGAAUAUUUCCUUUUUUGCCUGGUUUGAUUCAGGCCUUUGAAACGCUGACAGUUGGCCUUGCUCUGCACUGAUGUGGAAUGAGGUUUGGACACUUGGAUGAGCACGUUAGAAAAACAGAACAGGAGUCAUUGCGUUCCUUCUUCCCCUUGGUCCGGUGUAGUUUCCUGUAUGUGUGUUUACCAUCCGGUGGCACUGUGUUUGUGUUUAUGUUUGUGUUUGUUUUUCCCCUCGAGGGAUAAAUGGAGCCACCGUGUAGCACUAUACUGGUAAAAGCACGGCAGGGAUGAUUUUUAAGACUCUGGUCAUGUUUCUCUCUCUCUCUCUCUCUCUCUCUCUCUCUCAAAGGACACCGUAAUGCUUAAAAAUACAAAUUAUCCCCAGAUGGGGCAGGUUAAAUGUGGGAAUCCUUUUCAGCGAUAUACACGCGGCCUUUUGUGGCGGGAAAAUGAACAGCAACAACAAAAAAAACUGACCAGUUUUUUGUUACUGGUUUUUUUUACUUGGGGAUAUUUAUAUGCUUUGACCAGUGCCCUGUGUGUUGGUGAGGCAUAGUACCAGUGUGAGUCACCCCCUUAACCUUACAUCCGCCCGAGUCAGAGUCAGAUGGUCCUGACUCGUGGUGGUGCAGCCAAACCCACUUCCUGCUGCGUGUGGCUUCUCCAUCUCAACUCCACACCUUCCACCAGCUUCCUGGCCAUUCGUGCCACUGUGCCAGCCGUCCUGAUGUUCUCUCUCUCUUUCCCUCCAUCUCUAGCAUCUAAAGAUCACAUUCUGUCUCUUUCAUGCUUCUGUUUCAAAAAGAUGUUUGCUUUUUUUAUUUUCAUAGUUAGUCGCAGGCUCUUUUCUAUUUUUUUUUCUUUCCCACAGACCCAUGAAAAUUGCAUGCUAAAGCAGUGGAAUAAAUUUGCAUUUCUGUGUAACACCUGAAUUCCAUCAACCCAGAAAAAACGCCAUGUUUAAAAGCAAUAAGAGAGCGUGAUGGCACUACAGUUUAGAAAUCAAUUGUGAGCUUGAUUAUUUCCUAAAUCGUUAUUGUUUUUUUUGAUAAUUGAAUGUAUUUCUAAUUGAUACAGAUUUUGAACAAUGUCUUGUAGAUUGUUUUUCUUAUGGAGUUUUGUUAGUUUUUUGCUCUUUUUUAAGAUUCUUGUAAUAAUGACAAUAAAUGUCUUAAUUUCCCAGCUGAA